UUCUUCUUCCGGCUAAGUUGGAUGUUUUGAAUUUGACCCGGGUUCGAGGCGGCCUGAGAUGAAAGGUCUUCUCGUGAUGUUUACGUGAACCUGUGGUGUAGAUGUUCAGCGGAAGAUAUAAAGAACCAGAGUUUGGUUCUGUUUGGUUCGGGUCAACUAAAGGGUUUAGGUAGCCACCGGCGUUAGCUAACGUCCGAGGACAGACCAACCCGGUUCAGAUUGGCUUAAGUCUCCCAUCGUAGUUGGAACACGUUUUGGGUUAUGUAGGAACAGCCGAACCGGGAUGAGUUCCGGGAGGCUCCAGGUCAAAAUCAAACGGGUCUGCGAAAAAAAAGGAUCCCGGGACUCCCCGAAGCCCCACCGGAGAGCAGGGGGGGGGCGUCCGCAGACAUGCUCCCCCUGCAGGAGCAACGUCAUGGCUGAGGACGCCGAGAGGGAGGAGUCAGCUCCUCGGUCUCCCCAGCAGAGGAGCGCCUCACUGCCUGUGUUUGUCCAGCAGCUCUGCAGCGACAGCGAGGACCUGUUCGGGGACUGGGACAGCGUCCUGGGGGACAGCAUCUUGGGGGACACCUCCCUGCUGCAGAAGCUGGACGCCACGGAACAACAGGACCACCCGGGUCAGACGCCGUUUAAGGAGGAGCUCAGACUGCAGGGUGGGGACCAGAGCGACACCCCCCCUCGCUGCUCCAACAGGCCAGAGGAGGAGCAGGGGCCGCUCCCAAAGAGGAGGAGCAGGAGGAGCGUGGCCGACCUGGUGAAGAGGACCAUGCUGGGGAAUGCGGCGGCUCCCGCUGCUGCUCCUCGGACGGCUGUGCUGAAGAAGGCGGUGGUUUCGGAGGAGAUCAGCGUGGCCAUGCAGGCCAUGGAAAGCAUCUCCUCCCAGACCACCGACCUCGGGCCUUUCUUCGGCCUCCCCAGCAAAGUGAAGGAGUUGAUGCACAGACUGAGAGGAAUCCAGAAGCUAUACGACUGGCAGGAGGCGUGUCUGAACCUGGACUGCGUCCAGCAGAGGAGGAACCUCAUCUACUCCCUUCCAACCAGUGGAGGGAAGACUCUGGUGGCGGAGAUCCUGAUCCUCAGGGAGCUGCUGUGCAGGAGGAAGGACUGCCUCCUCGUCUUACCCUACAUCUCCCUGGUUCAGGAGAAGGUGCGUGGGCUGGCGAGCUUGGGCCUGGAGCUGGACUUCCUGGUGGAGGAGUACGCCGGCAGCAGGGGGCGGUUCCCCCCAGUGAGGAGGAGGAACAGGACGUCUCUGUACGUGGCCACCAUAGAGAAGGCUCACAGCCUGGUCAACUCGCUGAUCGAGACCGGCAGGCUGGAGAACCUGGGGCUGUUGGUGGUCGACGAGCUCCACAUGCUGGGGGAGGGCAGCAGGGGGGCCGUGAUGGAAAUGACUGUGGCCAAAGUUCAGCACCUGAGCAAAAACACUCAGGUCAUCGGGAUGAGCGCCACCCUGGGGAACAUCCAGGACCUGCAGGCCUUUCUGCGAGCAGAACUCUACAGCAGCGACUUCAGACCCGUGCAGCUGAAAGAGUUUGUCAAAGUGAAUGACAGCAUCUACGAGGUCGACCCCACGCAGGAAAGCGGCUUCAGGUUCUCGCGGCUGCUCCCUUUCAAGUAUUCCAGCUCCAUGCAGAAGACCGACCCCGACCACAUCAUCGCCCUGGUGACCGAGGUCAUCCCCGCCCACUCCUGCCUGAUCUUCUGUCCCACCAAGAAGAACUGUGAGAACGUCGCCGCCAUGAUCUGCAAGUACCUGAAGGGAGACUUCCUGCGCCAUCGCGAGGCUGAGAAGUCCCGCCUCCUCCAGGACCUGCAGGACGGCGGCGGCGGCUCCAUGUGUCCGGUGCUGCGGAGGACGGUGCCGUACGGCGUGGCGUACCACCACAGCGGGUUGACCACCGAGGAGAGGAGGCUGCUGGAGGAGGCGUUCUCUCACGGCGUGCUGUGCCUCCUCGGCUGCACCUCCACGCUGGCGGCAGGCAUCAACCUGCCGGCCCGCAGGGUGAUCCUGCGCUCGCCGUACGUCGCCACGGAGUUCCUGAAGAGGACCCAGUACAAGCAGAUGGUGGGCCGGGCCGGCCGGGCGGGGAUGGACUCUGUGGGGGAGAGCGUGCUCAUCCUGCAGGAGAAGGACCGCAGCGCGGCCAAGGUUCUGCUGUGUUCCCCCAUGGAGAACUGCUACAGCAGGCUGCUGGAGGAGGACGCCAAAGGCCUGCUGACCCUCAUCCUGUCCCUCAUCGGCCUCAACGUGGCGGCGUCGCUGCAGCAGCUGCAGGACUUCCUGCAGGGGACGCUGCUGUGCGUGCAGCAGCGGCGUCUCUGCACGGACGGCGGUCUGCAGGACGCGGUUCUGCGCUGCAUCCACACGCUGUGCAGCAAAGACCUCAUCACCGCCGCGGACCCCCACGCCGCCACGCUGCAGGUCACACGGCUGGGCAGAGCCGCCUACAAAGGCGGCGUGGACCUGACCUUCUGCCACCUCCUCUACAAAGACCUGAGCGCGGGCCUGGAGGGGCUGCUGCUCAGCAGCUUCCUGCACCUGCUGUACCUGGUGACGCCGUACGAGCUGGUCCCGCAGUGCUCGCCCAACUGGAUGAUCUACCUCAGACAGUUCACCUCGCUGUCUGCGGCCGAGCAGAAGAUGUCGGCCGCCAUCGGCGUCCCCGAGAGCUUCGUGGCGAGAAAAGCGGCAGGACAGACGGUGAAGAAGGGCGUGGACGCGGCGCAGGCGCAGCGGCUGUACCUGGCGCUGGUGCUGCUCUGUCUGCUGAAGGAGACCAGCGUGUGGGGCGUGGCCGAGCGCUUCCAGCUGAGCCGCGGCUUCGUGCAGACGCUGCUCAGCUCCGCCGCCGCCUUCUGCUCCUGCGCUCUGCACUUCGCCGAGGAGCUGGAGGAGCUGUGGCCGUUCCGCUCCCUGCUGGCGGCGCUGACUCAGCGGCUGACGUACUGCGUGAAGGCGGAGCUGGUUCCCCUGAUGGAGGUGGCAGGAGUCAUGGAGGCCAGAGCCAAGCAGCUGUACAGCGCCGGCUACAGGACGCUGACCCACCUGGCCAACGCCGACCCGGCUGUUCUCAGCAGAACCGUAGAGAACCUGUACACCAAGCAGGCCGCCAUGAUGGUGGCCUCCGCCAAAAUGCUCCUGAGUGAGAAAGCUGCAGCUCUGCAGGAGGAAGUGGACGAGCUGUUGGCGCUGCCGGCCGACCUGCCGCUCCCCGACCCGCCGCGGUCCCAGCCGUGACCGACCCGCCGGGGUCCGGUCACGGCUCCCAGCCACACCCACAAGCUUCCUGCACCACCUUCAACACUCACCAGUGGACUUCAGAUGGGGGGGGGUUUACCUGGAUUCUUCCUGGGGGGUCCCCCUAAAACUACAGUAAUCAUUUCUGCUCUGCGGCGUGGCAGGAAUGUCAAAACUUCAAUAAAUAAUUCAGAUAUUUAGUUCA